CUCUCUGGCACAGCUGGCUAGUCUAGUCACAGAGGAAAAGAGAAGAGACUUUCUGAAGUUCUGGAUGGAAUACUAGAAAAUGUUGGGGGCAUAUUAAAAAACAGCAGCAGAACAACAACAACAGAAACUCCAUUUAUUUCAGACAAGCUUCUUAGCUUUGUGGAAUCUAUGUCAGUUGCUUAGAACUUGGGUUUUUACUUCAGAGGAUGAUGGGACGAGGCAAUAGAAGGCGAGGAGGGUUGCGUUGGAUUCUUGCUUAUCCGUCUGCCUCUCCUUCCAGUUGGAAAAUUCUUCAAUCCACAAGAAGCAUUAUAAACAAGCCUAAAGAACACAUCCUACCCUGAUCCUGGAUUCUGUUGGAGUUGAGAAGUACAGCCACUUCACCAGGGUUUUAUGGAGGCAGUUCAAGAAAAAUCGAAGGAAGGAUUUCUCUGUUUGAAUUAAUCCUGUGCCAUGUUACAUUUUGGGCAUUGCUUGGAGCAAGUAGAGGACAGCUCUGUCAUGUGGAUCUAAGGAUACCUGAGUUUCUUGAGCUGCAUAUAUGAUGUUUGAAAUGUUGUCAAUUUAAAAUCUUUCAACAUAAAUUUGUUAAAAAUUCUGGAUUCUCUUUAUAUUAAGGACUUCAGCAGACAGAAACUCCCUCCCCAAAAGAUACAAAACUUCCUCUGUGUUUUCAGGCUAAAUGUGAACAAUAAUGUCUUGGAAGAGAAAUUAUUUUUCAGGGGGCCGUGGUAGUGUCCAAGGGAUGUUUGCUCCUCGAAGCUCAACCUCCAUAGCCCCCAGCAAAGGCCUCAGCAAUGAGCCAGGACAAAACAGCUGCUUCCUCAACAGUGCCUUGCAGGUUUUAUGGCACUUGGACAUCUUCAGACGUAGCUUUAGGCAGCUUACAACUCACAAAUGCAUGGGAGAUUCCUGCAUCUUUUGUGCUCUCAAGGGAAUCUUUAACCAGUUUCAGUGCAGUACUGAAAAAGUGCUUCCAUCUGACACUCUCCGCAGUGCUCUGGCAAAGACUUUUCAGGAUGAACAGCGUUUCCAGCUGGGAAUUAUGGACGAUGCUGCGGAGUGCUUUGAAAACCUCCUGAUGCGGAUUCACUUCCACAUUGCUGAUGAAACCAAAGAGGACAUAUGCACUGCCCAACACUGCAUCUCCCACCAGAAAUUUGCAAUGACGUUGUUUGAGCAGUGUGUAUGUACUAGCUGUGGCGCCACUUCUGAUCCGCUGCCUUUCAUCCAGAUGGUGCAUUAUAUCUCCACUACUUCCCUUUGCAAUCAGGCUAUUUGUAUGCUGGAAAGACGAGAAAAACCCUCACCAAGCAUGUUUGGUGAGCUGCUGCAGAAUGCCAGCACCAUGGGGGAUCUGCGGAACUGCCCGAGCAACUGUGGAGAGAGGAUUCGGAUUCGCCGUGUGUUGAUGAACGCUCCACAGAUUAUCACAAUUGGGCUGGUAUGGGACUCGGACCACUCAGACUUGGCAGAGGAUGUCAUUCACAGCCUGGGCACCUGCCUUAAGCUGGGUGACGUGAGUCUGUUUUUCAGAGUGACAGAUGACCGGGCCAAGCAGUCUGAACUGUACUUAGUAGGAAUGAUCUGUUACUACGGCAAACAUUAUUCUACAUUCUUUUUCCAAACAAAGAUCCGCAAAUGGAUGUAUUUUGAUGAUGCUCACGUCAAGGAGAUUGGGCCCAAAUGGAAGGAUGUGGUGACCAAAUGCAUCAAGGGACAUUAUCAGCCUUUGCUGCUGCUUUAUGCAGACCCCCAGGGUACCCCAGUGUCCACCCAGGACCUGCCCCCCCAAGUUGAGUUCCAGUCGUACAGUGGGACAUGCUACGAUAGUGAAGAUUCAGGGAGGGAGCCCUCCAUCUCAAGUGAUACUCGAACAGAUUCCUCAACGGAGAGCUAUCCCUGCAAACACUCCCACCAUGAGUCUGUGGUCAGUCACUUCUCUUCUGAUUCUCAGGGAACAGUCAUCUAUAAUGUGGAGAACGAUUCCAUGUCUCAGAGCAGUCGGGACACAGGACACCUGACUGAUAGUGAAUGUAAUCAGAAACUCCCAUCCAAGAAAGGGUCACUGAUAGAGCGCAAGAGGAGCUCUGGUCGGGUCAGAAGGAAAGGCGAUGAGCUUCAGGCCUCAGGGUACCACAGUGAAGGAGAAACACUGAAAGAGAAGCAGGCUCCUAGGAAUGCCUCCAAAUCAUCCAGCAGCACCAACAGGCUAAGGGAUUUUAAAGAGACAGUCAGCAAUAUUAUCCAUAACAGACCAUCCCUGGUUUCUCAGACCAACCUAGGAUCUCCCUGUGGGGGGAGGGGAGGAGACCAGACUGACAAAAAACCUCCUCGGAACCUGCCUUUACACUCUCGUGACUGGGAAGUAGAGAGUACCAGCAGUGAGUCAAAAUCCAGUUCUUCUAGCAAGUAUCGUCCAACAUGGAGACCCAAACGGGAGUCUCUCAAUAUUGACAGUAUCUUUAGUAAGGAAAAAAGGAAGCACGCUGGCUAUACGCAGCUUAGCCCCUUUUCUGAGGAUUCAGCUAAAGAAUUUACACCAGACGAAUUAAGCAAGCCACCUGCUUACGACAUUAAGACUGGCGGACCAAGACCCCAGUACAAGAUCUGGGGCCCAUUACGGCCAGGCUGUCACCUUUUAGAGCAGCACCCUCGCCUAAUCCAGCGAAUGGAAUCUGGCUAUGAGAGCAGUGAGAGGAACAGCAGCAGCCCUGUCAGCCUGGAUGCAGCCCUGCCUGAGAGCUCGAAUGUCUGCAGGGAUACAAGUGCUAAGAGAUCAGCUGGGUUGGCCCCUUCCUGGCGUCACAUCCCAAAGUCUCACAGUAGUAGCAUCCUGGAGGCAGACUCCACAGUAUCCAGGAGUGGCUGGACAAAGAAUCAGCCCUUCUCAGGUGGGGAGAUAUCUUCCAAAACUGAACUGGAUGAAUUGCAGGAAGAGGUGGCCAGAAGGGCCCAGGAACAGGAACUUCAAAGGAAACGAGAGAAGGAAUUAGAGGCAGCUAAAGGGUUUAACCCUCAUCCCAGCCGCUUCAUGGACUUAGAUGAACUGCAGAAUCAGGGGAGGAGUGACGGCUUUGAGAGGUCCCUACAAGAGGCAGAUUCAGUGUUUGAAGAGUCGCUGCAUCUGGAACAGAAGGGAGACUGUGCUGCCGCUUUGGCUCUCUGUAACGAAGCUAUCUCUAAACUAAGACUUGCCCUGCAUGGUGCCAGCUCUAGCACGCACAGCAGAGCCCUAGUCGAUAAGAAGCUGCAAAUCACUAUUCGAAAAGCACGGAGCCUGCAGGAUCGCAUGCAGCAGCAGCAACCAUCUCAGCCGCCGUCGCAGCCCUCAGCCUGCCUCCCCUCACAGAGGGGAGCCCUCCCUCAGCCAACAAGUGAACAGCCUAUCCCGCUCCAAGUAUUGUUAAGCCAGGAGGCCCAACUGGAACCCUACAUGAAUACAGAGUUUGGGGCCAGUUCUUUCAUCUACUCAUCCGCUUCCUGCCAUGAGUCACACUCGCCAUUAUUCCCAGAGUCAUCUGCCCUGUCUGCUCCACAGCACAAUUCCUCUGGUGGGUCUGCCUCGAACCUUCUUACUUCUGUUGAGGUGGACAGCAUUGACCCCUCUGUGUUCCACAGGCAGGGCUUACAUAAAACACCAGGGAGAACUGAGAAGAAUUCUCAUCAUGGUUGGGAACCAGAGGGUGAGCUGCAAAGCUACAGGGGGGACAACAGCAGCUGCACAAGGUUCCCCCAACAAGGAGGAAGAGGCACUGAUCAAGAACAGCUAUUUCAAGAAAAGAGGGAUCCUGCUGACUCAUCCCAGGUGAUGCCUUGGCUACACCCAACUGGAACAACCACCUCUGAGAGAGGAGAUGCACACAGUCUAGGCUGUGGUCCUUCAAGUUCAUCAGCUCAGUCCAGCCUUUCUCUGUACAGGGCCUGCCACUCCAUAAUGCCUGCUCCUUCCUCUUCUGUGCUUCACUCUCCUAAUACCUUACAGAAAACUAACCAAUGCCUCCAAACCCAAAGCCUCAAAACUUCAUUGACUUCAAAAGUGGACGGAGGCAGCGAGGAGCCCUAUAGGCCAGAGUUUCCUACCGCAAAGGGGCUUGUCCGCUCUCUGGCAGAGCAGUUCCAGAGGAUGCAGGGCACCUCCACAAGGGUUGGUACAGGUUCCCAGGAUAGAAGUUUGCCCAACAGUCUAAGGAAGGACUCUUCCCUUUCUGACUCAAAGCCUCCAUUCCCACAGGGUCAAGGGAAAGGUCAUUGGCCUUGGGCAAAACAACAACCCUCUGUGGAUGGUAGGAACAGACUGCCUUCCUGGGGAGAGCCUGCUGAUCAUCCUUCUCUUGCCAUGAACUCUGGGCUGCCUAAUGGUGAAACUUCUAGGGGAGGACAGUCCAGGUUGGCAGAGUCAGGUAUUUACCAUGGGAAACCGUCUCAAGUGAGAGAUGCUAGGCCUAAGGAGCUGGGCAGCAGUGUCAACUUGGGAACUUCCUUGCCUUUGGAUUCCUGGUUGAAUGUUACAAGGCUUUGUGAUUCUCAGCUUGGGGUCCCUGGGCCAGGAAUGAAGUCCUCCCCUCCUGAUUCCCAUACCUGUGUAACUUAUCCAGAAAGAAACCACAUCCUUUUGCAUCCACAUUGGAACCAAGACACAGAGCAGGAGACCUCAGAAUUGGAGUCUCUCUACCAGGCCAGUCUUCAGGUUUCUCAAUCUGGCUCUUCUGGAUGGGGGCAGCAGGAAGUGGCCUGGAACCCACUGAGCCAAACAGGAACAAGCUCCAACUUGCAAUGAGGAUGUUCACGUUGAGCCAAGUCUCCAGUGUGGCAUAUCCAGAUCGUACUGAACCAGCAAUAUCAAGACCUUCCCUGAUCCGUUCAGGAACUACCAGGUUUAGAAUUUUCAAGGUGGUAUGCUUGUAGGGUACCUGUUCACCAACUCUUUGUGAGAUUAUGUUGUGUGAAGAGUGAAGUCUAAUGUUAAAUGCACAGCACAGAAUUAGUUCUGUAAACUGAAGACAUGAAGGAUAUUUAUAACUUAAGAUUGAUGUACUUAAGAACUCCAAAGCCUGAACUAUUGUUCUGUCUCCAUCAUUAACUGUCAGUAAAAAUUUGGACAAGUCAUUUAAUAUCCAAGUUUUUACUUAUAAGAUGAGAGAAUUGGUUCAAUGAUUUUAUUUUAUUUUAUUAUUAUUAUUUUUAAAAUUUAUUUAUUUAUUGUUUUUGGCUGCAUUGGGUUUUCGUUGCUGCGCGUGGGCUUUUCUCUGAUUGUGGAGAACGGGGGCUACUCUUUGUUGCGGUGCGCAAGCUUCUCAUUGCGGUAGCUUCUCCUGUUGUGGAGCACGGGCUCUAGGCGCGUGGGCUUCAGUAUUUGGGGCAUGUGGGCUCAGUAGAUGUGGCUCGCGGGCUCUAGAGCGCAGGCUCAGUAGUUGUGGUGCAAUGGCCCAGCUGCUCCGCGGCAUGUGGCAUCUUCCUGGACCAGGGCUCUUCCCAGACCGUGUCCUCUGCAUUGGCAGGCAGAUUCUCAACCACUGUGCCACCAGGGAAGCCCCAAUGAUUUUAUUUUUUAAAGAUACCUUCCAACUCUUUAAAUGAUAUGUAUGAUUCUGUAAAAUUAAACUCAGAAAUUUAUCUUCAGUUUAGGUGGUAUAGUUCUUUGCAUGCAGCCAACCAAUAUUUAAUUAUAACCAAACAAGUGGUUAUUGAAAAUCUGCUAUAUUCCCAGGAGCAUCAGAGUGGGGGAUAUCAUAUAAAUAUAAGAUUUAAUAUUAAGAUAUGUUUUUUAGCAUCUCCACUCUAGUGUAAACUUUGCAAUAACAUUUAUUAAGUGCUCCUUAGGUAUUAAUACAUAGGACAGGGCAGUAUGGGAAGAUUACAAAGAAUGAGGAAAAGUUGGAGUUUGCCUCAAUUAGCUUCCUCUCAUAUAAGGGAGAAAGAAUAUACGAAUGUCAAGUAUUUUAAGAAUCAUAAACACAUAUAAAAGUAUAUUGCAAUUAAAACUGAACUAACCAAUUGAAUGUCAAACAUUAUAUUACAAACAAAACAAAACAAACCUUAUGUUACCCCAGAUAGCAACAUUUUUUAUUGUAGAUGGUUUUGAAAAUAUAUAAAGUAACAAAAAUCAUUGAUAACCCUGGCAGUAGUUUCAUGAGUUUACUUCUGGCUUUGGGUUGCCGCCCCCCACCUCUGGUUGACAUACUUUUUUUUUUCCAAAUUUCCCCUAGUUUACUUUUUUUUUCUAAUUAAUUUUUAUUGGAGUAUAGUUGCUUUACAAUGUUGUAUUAGUUUCUACUGUACAGCAAAAUUAAUCAGCCAUACAUAUACAUAUAUCCCCUCCCUUCCGGACUUCCCUCCCAUUCAGGUCAUCACAGUGCACUAAGUAGAAUUCCCUGUGUUAUACAAUAUGUUCUCAUUAGUUAUCUAUUUUAUACAUAGUAUCAAUAGUGUCGUGACAUACUUUUUUUUAAAUUGAAGUAUAGUUGAUUUACAAAGUUGUGUUAGUUUCAGGUGUACAGCAAAGUGAUUUAGUUCAUAUAUAUAUGUAUAUAUAUAUAUAUAUAUAUACAUAUAUAUAUGUGUGUGUGUAUAUAUAUAUAUAUUCUUUUUCAGAUUUUUUCCAUUAUAGGUAUUACAAAAUAUUGAAUAUAGUUCCCUGUGCCAUGCAGAAGGUCCUUGUUGUUUAUCUAUUUUAUAUAUAGUAGUGUGUAUAUGUUAAUCCCAAACACCCAUUUUAUCCCUCCCCCUCUUUCCCCUUUGGUAACCAUAAGUUUGUUUUCUACGUCUGUGAGUCUGUAGUAUUUCUGUUUUGUAAAUAAGUUCAUUUGUGUCAUUUUUUUAGAUUCCACGUAUAAGUGAUAUCGUAUUAUAUUUGUCUUUCUCUGACUUACUUCACUUAAUAUAAUAAUCUCCAUCUAUGUUGCUUCUGGUUUUGUUUUUUAUGCAUAUAUACUAUAUAUUUAUUUGUUUUGUUUUUACAAAAAGCUGGAUUAUAAUAUAUGUAUAUAGUUUAGUCCCAUGAUUUCUUACAUUAUAUCCAUAAGCAUUUUCCCUUUGGAAAAAACUGCUUUUAAUGACUAUAAUAUGCUGCAUAUAAAUACACCAUAAUAUAUUCAACCAUUCUACUGUGGUUGAAUAUUUAGGUUACUUAAAAUUUUUUGAUAAUACAGCAUUGUGAUGAAUAUCCUUAUACUUAAGAGUUUGGCCACAUUUCUGAUAAACUCCUUAGGAUAAACUUUUUGAAGGGUAAUAACUAGUUGAAGGUUAUAAACUUUAAAAAAUCUCUUGAUACAUACUGGCAAACUCAGGAAGAUUAUACUUCUGGUUUUUUUUGUUUGUUUGUUUGUUUUUUGCGGUAAGCGGGCCUCUCACUGUUGUGGCCCCUCCCAUUGCGGAGCACAGGCUCCGGACGCGCAGGCUCAGCGGCCUUGGCUCACCGGCCCAGCCUCUCCGCGGCAUGGGGGAUCUUCCCGGACUGGGGCACGAACCCGUGUCCCUUGCAUCGGCAGGUGGACUCUUAACCACUGCACCACCAGGGAAGCCCUAUACUUCUGAAAACAGUAUGAAAGCGUACCUAGCAACCAUUAAUUUUUACUUAAUAGUGAACAAAAACUAAUUUAAAAAAUCCAGUUAAUGAAUCAGUCCUCAAAACAACUUGUGAAACCAAACUAGGUUUUAUUUUGGUUAGAGUCUCUUUUUUAUUUUUAUUUUAUUUUUAUUUUUUUUAGAGUCUCUUUUUUAAAUUGAGUCUUUCAGAACUGACGUGGCAGAAUAAAGAAGAGAUCAGUGGAAUAAAUCAAGAAGUGGACGAUGAAGGAAAAUGCCAGUUAGGAUCCAUAUAUGACAGAAUAUAUCUUUAGGGGAGUCUUGCUUUAUCUUAUUGUAAAGCAUUUAUUAAGCACCAAAUUACUUUUUUUCUCCAAUUUUAUUGAUAUAGUUGACAAAUAACACUGUAUAAGUUUAAGGUCUACAGUGUGAUGGUUUGAUACAUGUAUAUAUUGCAAAAUGAUUACCACAGCAAAGUUAAUUAACACAGCCAUCACCAUACCUAAUUACAAUAUCUUUCUUUCUUUUUUUUGUGGUGAGAACAUUUAAGAUUUACUGUCUUAGCAACUUUCAGGUAUAUAGUAAUACAAUAUUGUUAACCAUAGUCACCAUGCUAUACAUUAGAUCCUCAGAACUUAUUCAUCUUAUAAGUGGAAAUGAUGUGUACCCUUUGAUCAGCAUCUCUAUAUUCCCCCCACCCCCUGGCUCCUGGCAGCUACCAUUCCAUUCUCUGUUUCUAUGAGUUUGGCUUUUUUAAAGAUUCCACAUAUAAGUGUGAUCAUAUAGUAUUUGUCUUUCUCUGUAUGACUUAUUGCUUUAAAAAAAAGAAAGCUUUAUUGAUAUAUAAUUUAUGUACUGGACAAUUCACCUAUUUAAAGUGUACAAUUUAGUGGUUUUUUAGGAUAUUGACAGAGUUGUCCAUCCAUUACCACAAUCAGUUAAAGUAUUUUUUCAUCACCCCCAAAAGAAAUCCUGUACCCAUUAGUAUUCACUCCCCAGUAAACCUCUAAUCUAUUUUCUGCCUAUAGAUGACCUAUUUUGGACAUUUCAUAUAAAUAGAAUCAUAUAGAAUGUGGUAUUUUGCAACCAGAUUAGUUUUGACAUGACUGUAGUUCCUAAAGGGUUAUGUGAACACUGCCCUUGACCUAUAUUCUAAAUUUCAUAGUAUUUUGAAGUUGCUCACACAUCAUCUUAAAAACUAAAAAUAAUGUUUUGUUAUGGAUAACUUCAAAUAUAUUCUAAAGUAAAGAGUAAAUGCUAUAAUCACCCCCUUGUUCUUAUCACUAACUUCCAAGAUGAUUAUCUUGCCCAAUUAUCAACCGAUGGCUGAUUUUGAUUUAGGGACCCCUCCCCCGCCCCUGCCACUUUCCCUCCCCACUGGAUUAUUUUAAAGCAAAUCCCAGACAUUAUAUCAUUUCCUCCAUAAAUAGUUUGGAAUGCAUCUCUAAGAAAUAAAGACUCUUUUAAAACGCAGAACUAUAAUAUUAUUAUACCUAAAAAAUUAGCAAUAAUUUCUUAAUAUAAUACAGUAACUAGCCAGUAUUCAAUUUUUUUCAAUUGUCCCACAGGUGUCUUUUCACAGUUGGUUUAUUUCGAAUCAGAAUCCAAACAAGAUCCACACAUUGCAUUUUGUUGAUGUGUCUCAAGGCUUCUUUUAAGCCUGUAAGAUUCCUGUCUCUUUUUUCCCCUUGCCAUUUAUUUGUUGAAGAAAUUUGGUCAUUUGUCUUCCGCGUUUUAGAUUAUAUUCUAGGAGAGGUUUUUUUGUUGUCAUUUUGUUUUUAAAACAUGUUCUCCUAAGACCCUCUUUUUCCCUAUAACUUGGUACUUAGGGCUAGAAGGUUUGAUUCUUGAUUAAAAUCAGGUUUACUUUUUAAAAAUAAGAAUAUUUCAUAGGUAGUACUUAGACUUCUUAUAUCAUAUCAAGAAGUACAUAAUGUCUGGUAGUCUUUCUUCUUGUUACUAUUGAUCAGUGAGUAGAUGUCACCUUAAUUCUAUCAAAUCAAGAAGUCCCCUCAACAGUACUCCUUACAGAAGGCCACCUCCACCUCUGUUUAAGUAUCUUUAAAGGAAUCAGUGUCUACUCUCUUCAGGAGGUUCCAAUGGCUACCUUCUUGUCUAGGUAGGAAUCACACUUGACUUGAUUAGAGGAGCACCAAAUUCUAACCAUUACAGCUGUAAUUCUUAAAUCUGGCUGUCCAUCAUAGUCACCUGAAGAAUGGGUUUUUUUAAAAAAGGAAGAAAAAUUUUAUUAUUAUUAUUUUUAAAAUAAAUUUAUUUAUUUUUGGCUGCGUUGGGUCUUCGUUGCUGUGCGCGGGCUUUCUCUAGUUGCAGCGAGCAGGGGCUAUUCUUUGUUGCAGUGCGCGGGCUUCUCAUUGCGAUGACUUCUCUUGUUGCAGAGCAUAGGCUCUAGGCACAUGGGCUUCAGUAGUUGUGGCACGUAGGCUCAGUAGUUAUGGCUCACGGGCUCUAGAGCACAGGCUCAGUAGUUGUGGUGCAAGGGCUUAGUUGUUCCGUGGCAUGUGGGAUCUUCCUGGACCAGGGCUCGAACCUGUGUCCCCUGCAUUGGCAGGCAGAUUCUUAACCACUGCACUACCAGGGAAGCCCAGAAUAAUUUUAUAUAAAUGGGAUCAUAGCACACAUGAUUGUUGUUGUUGUUGUUUUAUAUUUAUUUAUUUAUUUUAUUUUAUUUUAUUUUUGACUGCGUCGGGUCUUAGUUGUGGCAUGCAGGAUCUUCCGUUGCGGUAUAUGUGCCCCUUGCUGCGCUGGGCAGGCUUCUCUGUAGCUGUGGUGCACGGGCUCCAGAGCGUGCAGGCUCCAGAGCACGUGGGCUCAGUAGUUGUGGCACAUGGGCUCUCUAGUUGUGGCCUGCAUGCUCAGUAGUUACGGGGCAUGGGCUUACUUGCCCCAUGGCAUGUGGGAUCUUAGUCCCUGACCAGGGAUCGAAGCCAUGUACCCUUCAUUGUAAGGCAGAUUCUUAACCACUAGACAGCCAGGGAAGUUCCUAUGUUGUUUUUACUACAGACAAUUUUUGUUUCUCUCUCCUUCCCUCAAAUCAAUCCCUACCAUUUAUCCCCCACCACCUUCUCAGACAAUAGUCUAAUGUGCAUAUUUCUGUAUUUCUCUGUUCAUAUAAUCCUAUAUAGACCUACAUAUAUAGUGUUUUUUUUGUUUGGGGAUAAUAUUACAGAUUUUUUUCCUUUAUCUCAACAAUACUUGAUGAAAAUUCCUCUAAGUCAUCUAGUUUAACUCAAUUCAUUCUUUUUAGUGGCUGGACAAUAUUUGAUAUUGAGGAUACUGUAAUGUAUUUAGCCAUUCUGCUAUAGAUGGGCAUUACUUUAUUUCUAGUUCUUGGCCACUACAAACAAGGCCGCAAUAAACAGAUAGUUUUGCUUCUUAUUCCCAGGAGUAGAACUGUUGGUUAAGAGGAUAAAUAUAUUUUCAGUCUUAAUGGUUAUCUCUAGAUUGCUUUUUAGGAAAACUAUAACAUUUCACAUUUCUUCCAACAAUGUUUGAGGAUAUUCUCCCACACUUUUUGUGGAAACCUUUUAAAAAUAAAUAUUCCCAGGCUCCAGCCAGAAAGAUUCUGAUUCAGUAGGUCUGCAGAGAGGUACACAAAGCUGUAUUUUUUAAAAGUUCUAGAUGAAUCUGAGGUAGUAUUGGAACCACUGCAUUUAAGCACAAGGAAAUAUUGAAAAUAACUGGCCUUCUUGCUUAGUAUAUCAGCAAUAUCAGAAUCAAAAUAACAAAUCAAGACAUGAAUUGGCAAUAGACAUAUAUAUCAAAUGUAGGUCAAGGAUGUGUGCAUUUUCAGAAUGGAAGGCUUAAUUAGUUGUAUUGGGGUGAGCGCCUUGGGAGUCACAUAUCCAGUUUGGAACAGCUCAUCUCUUAAUAGUCUCGCAAGAUUUUGAGGAAGAGAUAAACAUUUAGAAUUUGUUUAGAAUUUAAGUGAAGAAAAGAGAGAAGCUGGGGCUUCCCUGCUGGCGCAGUGCUUGGGAGUCCGCCUGCCGAUGCAGGGAACACGGGUUCGUGCCCCGGUCCGGGAAGAUCCCACAUGCCGCGGAGCGGCUAGGCCCGUGAGCCAUGGCCACUGAACCUGCGUGUCCGGAGCCUGUGCUCCGCAACGGGAGAGGCCACAACAGUGAGAGGCCCGUGUACAGGAAAAAAAAAAAAAGAGAGAAGCUAAUGGGGGAAGUAAAA